CCUGGAGGAGCGCUCGGGGCUGGACUCUCUUGGGGAGCCGGGCUUGGACUGGAGAGGCACCUCCGCACCUCUUGCCAAAGCCAGGGCUGGAAAGGCGUCCGCCGGGGAGGGAGGCAAACUUUCCUCCUGUUGCCUCUGCUCUUAAGGACGGGGCCGGUUUACUAAGAUAAAGACAAAGAAACCAACAGACAACAAAACCUGAAAUGUCAGUAGUUCGACUCUUCUUCUUCUGUCUUUAAGCAAAAGAUGUGUGUGAAUGAGAGGGACACAGCCAAGAAUUCCACACAUGUUCAAUCUGUUCUAGGACUGGUCUUGGGAGGAAUCUCAUUGACUACAGUUGUCAUGAAUAUUUUGGUCCUGUAUGCAGUGAAAACAGAAAAGAAAUUGCAGACGGUUGGCAAUCUUUAUAUUGUGAGUCUUGCGUGUGCAGACGUUAUAGUUGGUGCAGUUGUCAUGCCACUAAACAUUGUGUACCUGUUGAAGGAUAAGUGGGUACUGGCAAGGGAAGCUUGCCUGUUUUGGCUAUCAAUGGAUUACGUGGCCAGUACAGCCUCCAUAUUUAGUCUCUUCGUCCUUUGCAUCGAUCGUUACCAUUCUGUCCAACAGCCAUUACAAUAUCUCAAGUACAGGACCAAGACUAGAGCCUCUGUCAUGAUCUCCAUAGCUUGGCUUCUCUCUUUCCUGUGGGUUAUCCCAAUUCUUGGCUGGCACAAAUUUACACAUGACAACAGCACAACCAGUGGGACCAAUAAUGAAACGAUAUGUGAAACAGAUUUUUGCAAAGUCACAUGGUUUAAAGUCCUGACAGCCAUGAUAAAUUUUUAUGUCCCAUCAGCGCUGAUGCUGUGGUUCUAUGCAAAAAUAUAUACAGCUGUGAGGCGGCAUUGUCAGCAGCGAGAGUUCAUCAAUGGGUUGUUUCGGUCUGCCUCAGAAAGAACAGUUGUACACAACGGAAAACUGCAAGAAAUACAACAGACCUAUCCCCCAAGUCUAAAAAAAGAGGUAGACUGUGUUAUGAAAGGAAAUAAUCCAAAUAAAAGGAUGGAGGACCAGCAUCCAUUGAACAAAUUUCUUAAAAUUCCAAAUGGUUUUCAAAGAGGAGGUGACCAUGAAGUAGGAGUAGUGAAACUCAGCUGUUUUCCUCAAACCAUAGCACAAGAUGACACGAGCAUAGGUAGGACAGAUAGCAAGUAUGAGUAUGUUAAUGAACAUGUUCAAAACGCAGAGUCCCAUUGCCCCCAAGAUUAUGAGUUCAGCAAAGUAUCAGAGGAACUCACAUUUGCAGACAAUUUUGCAGGCAAAUCUUCCCCUCAAAAGAACUCUAAUUCCACUCAAGAGCAAGAUUGUUCCUUGGGGAAUUGCUUUUCCCAGCAUACAAAUAAAAAAGACAAUAUGAGUCUCCAGUAUUUGAAGAAACCAUGGGGGAGGCUGCGCACUCAUUCCAUUAGCAGCCAAGGGUUGCAUGGAAACAGAGAGAGGAAGGCAGCCAAGCAACUAGGUGCAAUAAUGGUAACUUUUAUGCUGUGUUGGUUUCCAUAUUUUGUGUUAUUCUUGGUUAUGGCCUAUUGUGGAAACUGUUACAAUCGCACAGUUCACAUGUUUACCAUUUGGCUUGGCUACUUGAAUUCAACGUUAAACCCCAUUAUAUAUCCUCUCUGCAAUGAGAACUUCAAAAAAGCUUUCAAAAAGAUUUUUCAUAUUAAAGUCUAAUUUGUCUUGGAGAAUAUUGUACCGGGGGGGGGGGGGUAAGCAGCGUUUUUAUAUGAAAACAUAAAACUCGACUUUCAAGGAUUGUAGAGGAAAACUACAAUUGGAAUUUAUGAUUUCCGAAGACACUAAGUGCAAAAUUAAAAAGCCAGAAGGAAGAACAUUGUUUCCUGGAUAUAGCCUGGGGAGUCCUAUAACCUCAGGGUUAUAUAAUCCUCUUCUUUUUGAGGAUAUCUGUACCUUUGCAUAUACUGUAUUUACUCAAAUCUAAUGCUCACUUUUUUUGGCUGAAUUACCCCACCAAAAUUAGGGUACGCACUAGAGUUGCGUUGUACAGUAUUGUUAAUGCUGAGCCAAAGCAAAAGGGGAAGCUGCUUCAGGGGCUUCUGGAACUCCUAUUUGAGGGAUGUCAUCUCAAAUUUAACUGCCGUGGCUCAAUACUAUGCAAUCCCGGGCUUUGUAUUUUGGUGAGCCACUAGCAUUCUUUGGCAGAGAAAGAAUCCUAAAGAAGACUUUGUAAAACUACAUGAUUUCAUAACAUUGAGUCAGGGCAGUUAAAGUGGAUUCAUUCUACAUCAUAGAUGCAUGCCAAGGUUUUCCUUUCCAUCACUGGAAGCUUUGAUAUUUCAACCAAUUUUUUAAAAGAAGGACUUCAAAGGGCCCUUCCACACAGCCCUAUAUCCCAGAAUAUCAAGGCAGGAAAUCCCACAUUAUCUGUAUGUGGACUCUGAUAACCCAGUUCAAAGCCGAUAUUGUGGGAUUUUUUUGCCUUGAUAUUCUGGGAUAUAGGAUGUGUGGAAAGGCCCUAAGCAGGCAGCAACUGUAAUGCACACCCUUUUUGGCCAAAUUGCAAAGAAUGCACUUUUUCCUGCUGCACAAGACAUUCACCAGCAAACACUUUUUUUGCUUUCAAGUUUUUGAAAAUUGGGGUGCGCACUAGAUUCGAUGGCACAUUAGACUCGAGUAAAUACAGGUAUUUCACAGGGUUUAGAUUUGGUUUGAGUUUUUCCCCCGAAUAGAAUGACUAUGCUCUAUAGUUUAUAAAGACAAAACUGUAUUUGUUCUGCCUGGUGCUCUGUUGGCUACAAGCCAUUGUCCAUUUGUAUAUUCCCUCAAUCCCUUGAUAACUGAGAACUUAAAGGUUUAUGUGCAGUUUGCCUUUCCUGGAGCCACCAAAGAAUUAAUGGAACCUUGUAAUACUGAAUUUAUUUACAAACAUUCAAACUCAGCGCAGGUGAAAACAUGCCAUAAGAUCUUGUAACCAGCAAACCUGGUGUCCUUUAGACCUCCAGACUGGAGAACAUUAGCACUUCAGUUGUGUUUACUUUACAGGUCAAAAGUCAGUUCUGUCUGUCUCAGCCUGCCUCAACAAUAGGUCUAUCCCAGUCUUUUCCCAGAUUCAAUCAAUUCAAAAUUAUUCUGGUAUUUCCUGUUUGUGCUGAAAUUUCCAAGAAAUUUUGAUUAUUAACCAAUAAAUCUGUCUGAUAAAAGCUAUGACCAAGGCUAGCUAGUAGGUAUGGCCAGUGUUCAUAGCAAUGCACUUGGUUUGAAUUGGACCUGGUUAUUUUUUGUUUUUAAAAUAAAAUUUGCAUAUUAAAAAAACAAA